AUGUUUGCUCAACGUUUUACUAGUAUAGUAUCACGAAGAUAUGUUUCAACAGUUGUUGAUCUCUAUAAAGGACUUAUUAAUGGUGAUCGAGGUUGUUUAGCAAAAUGUAUUACAUUAGUAGAAUCAACUCAUAAAGAAAAACAACAAAAUGCAAAAGAACUACUUAGUCAAGUUUUACAAGAACUUAAACAACGACAACAAAAACAAUCAAAUAAACCGAUUAGUUUUAGAAUAGGAUUAUCCGGUAGCCCUGGUGCUGGAAAAUCAACUUUCAUCAAUGUUUUUGGUCGAUUUUUGAUACAACAAGGACAUAAAGUAGCUGUAUUAACCGUUGAUCCAUCAUCAUCUACUUCUGGAGGUUCAAUUCUUGGUGAUAAAACACGAAUGCUUGAUUUAUCACGCGAAUCCGAUGCUUAUAUUCGUACAUCACCAUCAGCUGGUACAUUAGGUGGUGUGACUCGAACAACAAAUGAUGCAAUAGUCCUUUGUGAAGCUGCUGGUUAUAAUGUUAUUCUAGUCGAAACUGUUGGUGUUGGUCAGUCUGAAUUUGCUGUUGUUGAUAUGGUUGAUAUGUUUUGUGUUCUACUUCCACCGGGAUCAGGCGAUGAAUUACAAGGUAUGAAAAAAGGAAUUAUGGAAUUAGUUGAUUUAGUAAUUGUAACAAAAGCUGAUGGUGAAUUAAUGCCAGAAGUUCGUCGUCUACAAACUGAGUGGUUAAGUGCUCUUAGAUUAAUGCGUCGUCGUUCUCCAAAUUGGAAACCAAAAGUCAUAUCAGUAUCAGCACGUACAAAUACUGGUAUUGAUAAGUCAUGGGAACAGAUGUUUGAAUUUGAAAAUGCAAUGAUUAAAUCAGGUGAAUUUAUGACUAAACGUUCUAAUCAACUCCAAAAAUGGAUGUGGAAUAAUGUUAAAGAUCGAAUACUUGAACAAUUUUUGGCCGAUGACGAUAUACAAAAAGCAAUUCAAUCUUAUGAACAACGUGUUAUUCGUGGACUUAUAACACCAUUUGUAGCUGCUGAUGCUAUUUUAGCUCUUUUUGCCAAAGUUAAAACGGAUAAAACUACAUAA